AAACCAGCCCCACCCCUUUUUCAAACAUGUUUACUCUUCUCUAAAACUGAUUUUUCUGGGUUUGCAGGAACAUAGAGAAAGAGGAGAAUGUCAAUGGCAACUUACAGCAGUCAUACCUUACCAAGUCGUGGAGGAGGAGGAGGGGGCCGCUUUUACAGUGGAAGUGCUGGCCUCAUGGAGAAGAUCCAUGAAAUGCUGACAGAGAGAGAAUGCAGCAUUUUCAAUGAAGGACUAGCAGCUUAUCACAAAAGAAGAGACGUGAGUAGAUUUGUGGAAUCCCUGAGCCUGGUACUGAAUACAAACGGGAAGAGACAGCUACUAGUGCCAAUAAGAAACCAGUUUAUAAAGCCAAGUGAUCUCAUCAAGUUUAAUGACCUCUCCAUCAAAUAUGGCAUAGCCCUACCACUCAAAGGAAACACAGCUAAGAGCGGGAAGAAAAUGUUCAACAAAACCCAGACAGGCCCAAAAGUCCUUGAGAUAAAGAGAGAUGAGAAAGGAGAAUGGGGUUUUAGCAUAAGAGGUGGGAUUGACCACGGGAUUGGUAUAUUUGUGUCCUGGGUUGACAGAGGCUCCAAUGCAGAGAAAGCUGGUUUGAAAGUUGGAGAUUACAUCCACAGAGUCAAUGAAGUUGGACUGGAAGGGCUUACUUUUGCACAAGCCACUCAAAUUUUUAGAAAUCGUAGCAAGAUAAGAAUGGUGAUAACGUCAUAUGGAAGGAUCCCUGGGUUCCAGUUUGCUAAUAAAUCCUUCCGUUGGGUCAAUCGUGAGGGGAAACCAGUUCUACCACCGACUGAGAUUGAGUCUCUUGGGAUGACAAGUGGAGGCCAUGUUGAUCCUAACGUCAGAAAAGUUAGUUUUACAGUUGAGUCUGGUCAAGUGUUGGGGAUAUCAAUAAGAGGAGGAGCUGAGCACGGGCUGGGUAUUUAUGUAUCUGAGGUUGAUGCUGGAUCUGUUGCUGAAACAAAUGGAAUAAAAAGAGGGGAACAGAUAUUGGAAGUGAAUGGAAUAAGUUACAUUAAUAUACUACACCCCGAUGCUGCUAAAGGAUUGAAAGAAGAGCGUGUUAUGACGAUGAGGUUGAAAGACGUUGGGAAGCUCCCUCACUCAAAGAUACCGCCAGUUGUACCUCAAACGUGGCAACAGGAACCAUCAGUUGCUGCAUCACACACAACACGAUCAAUGAGAUCCCUUCCAGGAACAAUGAAGAAAGGUACUGAAUACACAGAUAGCUCAAAACCAGCUGAAGGAACAGGUGGAACACCAGUGAUGAUCACCAAGAGAGCCUUAACUCCUGGUAGAGGAAUCAUGAAUGAAGUGGCCGAGUCUUUGCUCACUAAAUCAGAGAUGACUACUUUUACUUAUUAUAUCACAAAAUAUGAGCACAACCAGAUCAGUGUUGAGUCACUGGUGGAGAGUCUAUUGAAAUUAUUGAACACUGAUAAAAAGAUGAAUCUGAUUGGUGAGGUACGCAACAUAAUACGAGAGAAAGACUUGGAUCUUUACAAUGAGCUAACGGCACAGAAAGAACUGCAAUCAUUUAGAGCUAGCAAAUCAUUGUAUGAUUCUGAUGAUGAUGAUAUGGCUGUUGUCCAUGCAAUUAACGGGAUUAAAACGCCACAGAAAGGAUUUAAUGAUGAUGAUAGUCUUGAUGAUGUUCCUCAACGUUUUCAGACAGUUCCCAUUACGAUCCACCCACCACCACCACCUCCUAGGGAAGGGGACACUAGCACACCUCGUCUCAUUGCAACAUCAAUGAAGGACAGAAGACGUAAUCUACAUGAGAGUAUCAUGGAAGAUGAUAGUUGGGAGGACUCCACUUUGCCUCGUCCUCUCCACACUAAUACAGUCGACGAUGAGACCAUGAAGAGAAAAAUGAAAGAGAUUGAGGAAAAGACGAAACUGGAACUAGAAGAGCAGCUGAAGAAAGAGUACGAGGAGCAGUUGGCAGAAAAACUGAGAGCAGAACAAGAAGAAAUAGAAAGAAUAAAGGAAGAAAUGAGACUAGAGAAAGAAGCAAUGGAGAAACAAUUGCAGGAUUUGUCAGCAAAAGAAGGCGGGGAAAGCAUUACUGAUAAAGAGAAAUUAGAAGAAGAGAUAUGGAAGCAAGCAGAAGAGAGUUUAAGGCAAGAGCUCAAAGAUCAGAUAGAAAAAGAAUCACAACAAAAACUGAAAGAAGAGUAUGAUAAGUUAUUGGAAACGUCACUUGCAGAGGAACGAAAGAAGACAGAGGCAGAGAGAAAAAUAAGAGAAGAGUUGGAGAAAAAACAGCGAGAGAAGAAUGUGAUUGAAAGGGAAAAAGAAGAGCAAAAGAGGAUAGAGAUCGAAGACAGAGCAAGACGUGAUGCUGAGGAUAAAGCAAGGAGGGAGUAUGAGCAGAGACUACAGAGAGAAAGUGAAGAAAAAGCAAGAUUAGCUGAAGAGAUCAAGUCUUACAGAUCUAUUAAGAUGGAAAUGGAGAGUGAAAGGGAUCAGAAAGAAAGGCUUGAGAAAGCAAAGAAAAAUGCUGAAAGGAAAGCAGAGGAAGAGGAGGCAGAAAAGGAAAAGAUUAGAAAGAAGUUAAAGAAAGAGAAAGAAGAAGCUGAAGAAAGAGCUGAGAAAGAGGAGGCAGAGAAGAGAAAAAUAGAAAAGCAAUUGAAGCGUGAGAAAGAAGACGCGGAAGAAAAAGCAGAGAGAGAAGCAGCAGAGAAACUGAAGCUGAAAGCAUUGCUGGAAAAGAAGGAAAAAGAGCUGGAAGAAAAGGAAAGGGAACAUGCUGAGAGAGAAGCUGCAUUAAAAGCAGAGCAGAAAAAGCAAAAAGCCAAACAGCAGCAGGUGAAACCAGUUCAGCAGGUUAUAAGAAAAGAACCAGAAGCAAAAGAGGAAUCAGAAGAUGAAGAAGAAGGAAUGGACGAGGAUGAGGAGGAGGAACUGAGGAGACAAGAAGAAGAAGAAUUGAGAAGACAAGAGGAGGAGGAAGAAAGAAGGAGAGAGGAAGAAAGGAAGAAAGAGGAGAAGAGGAAACAGCAAGAGAGGAAGAAAGCUAAACAAGAAGAAGAGAGGAGAAAGAGGCAACAGGAAAGAGAGCUUGCCAGACAGGCUGAAGAAGAAAGACUGAGGAGGAUGAGGGAGGAAGAGGAGAGACAGCAAAGAGAGGAAGAGCAGAGGAGACAGAGGGAGGAAGAGGAGGAGAGAAGAAUGAGAGAAGUGGAGGAAAGGAGACAAAGGGAAGAGGAGGAGGAAGAGAGACGUAGAGAAGAAGAAGAAAGGAAAAGAAUGGAAGAAAGACGUUUGUCGAAAGAAGGCAGUUUCUUUGACCCUGUUCUAAUGGAUGAGCUAGUUAUAAGCAGUUUACCAACACAAGCUCCAGCUCCUACUGGAGGGAGCUCAGCAUCGUCAAGGCCACAUGUAACGUUUCAGGACCAGAAACAGAAGGAGCAGAAAAUAAUAGAAAAUGAGAGGAAACUCGCCGAGCAAAUGCUUGCAGUCCGUCUGAGGGAAAAGAAAAAUGAGAGCAAAGAAGAAGAAGAAGGACGGUUCUCGUUUGCUGGUUAUACUAAUCUGAAGGGGACAAUGGCCAAAGUAACAGUGAAGAAGGUGAACAAGAAGCUAGGCAUUGCUGUGGAUGGAGGGUCCAAUACCAAGCAGAGAGCAGUCAUUGUUAGACAAGUUGUGCCUGAUGGGAGUGCUGCAUUGACUGGUAAAGACCUGGAGAUAGGGCAGCAGAUACUGGCAGUCAACGGAAAGUCUCUCAAAGGAUUGAAGCACAAAGAUGCUGUCAUGGCCAUCAAAAAUGCGUUUGACGGUCCAAUGCAAAAAGUCAUUGAAUUUGAUAUGUUAAUACCCGAUGCUAGUUAAAAAA